CCUUCUCCAUUCACACACACACACAAAAAAAAACUUAGGAAAAAGUACCAAUAAAUCUCAUAAAAAACAAAGCCAAAAAAGGUACUUUAAAAAAAAAAGAAAAUUGGGUGAUGGAAAUAGAAUUGGCAAAGUGUGAUUGUUGUGGAUUAAAAGAAGAGUGUACAAUAGAGUACAUAAGUGAAGUUAAAGAGAAUUUUGAAGGUAAAUGGCUAUGUGGAUUAUGUUCAGAAGCUGUUAGAGAUGAAUUUAAUAGAGGAAAAAAGAAGCAAUAUUUUAUUGAAAUGGAAGAAGCUUUAAAAGCUCAUAUGUCAUUUUGUAGAAAAUAUAAGUCUAAUAAUCCUGCUGUUCAUGUUGCUGAUGGUAUGAGGCAAAUGUUAAGAAGAAGGUCAGGUGAUUUGUCAACUAAUUCUUCUUCUAAGAAGUAUACAAGUAGAUCAAUUACUACAUAAUAAGUAGGAGAUGUAUCUUUCUUUUUUCAAAACGUAUCGAGUUCGAGCAUUAACAAUAUAUAAAAUUACUAAUAUAUGUAUAUACACUUCUCUUUUUAAUAGAUUUUUAUAUAUGAUAUGAAUUCGAAUUAGUCAAAUUAGCUUAGCCAGUUUCACAUGUAAUUAGUUAGAAGGUUGAAAAAUAAGACCUCACGAUCCCUUUUGAUGACUAAAUCUUAAUGUACCAUCUUUGUGUUGUACAUAUAUAGAAUGUUAGUAAUAUUUUUUAGUGGAGAGUACUAUUGUGUUUA